AUGGUUUCUGCUAUAGGGCGCUCUAGCCUGCGCCAAGGGGUAGUGAGACCGCGCGGCAACAGCUUGUGGCUGCGGGGAACUCUGGUGGGCGCUCCGCUGGCUGUGCAGGCGGCCAUGGAUUCCUUGCGGAAAAUGCUGAUCUCAGUCGCAUUGCUGGGCGCAGGGGCUGGCGUGGGCUACGCGCUCCUGGUUAUUGUGACCCCGGGAGAGCGGCGGAAGCAGGAAAUGCUAAAGGAGAUGCCACUGCAGGACCCGCGGAGCAGGGAGGAGGCGGCCAGGACCCAGCAGCUAUUGUUGGCCACUCUGCAGGAGGCAGCGACCACGCAGGAGAACGUGGCCUGGAGGAAGAACUGGAUGGUUGGCGGCGAAGGCGGCGCCGGCAAGAGGUCACCGUGAGACCCGACUUGCCUCCGUGGGCGCCGAACCUUGGCUCGGGCGCAGGAAUCCGAGGCAGCCUUUCCCCUUCGUGGGCCCAGCGGAGAGUCCGGACCGAGAUGCCAUGCCAGGACUCUCCGGGGUCCUGUGAGCUGCCGUCGGGUGAGCACGUUCCCCCUAAACUCUGGACUGAUUGCUUUAAGGUCCGCAAGGCGGGCCUGGGCCUAGACGCGAGUCGGAUGUGGUGAACUGAAAGAACCAAUAAAAUCAUGUUCCUCCA